CUGUGAUGGAGGAUCAGUUCAGAGGUGCUGCAACAUUUAGGGUUUCAAAUGGUGUCCAUUGCUUUUUAAGUGCAGCACUGAAAAACCGAGAAUGGUUCUGGGGUGUGGUGUUAAUUUUGCUGCUUAUAAUCGGCUGCGUGGAAAUUAACCCUGGACCACGUACUAACACGGCACCAGUAAGUGGACAGCCAAGGAGAAAAUACGGCAGCAUUGAAAGCAGACAUGACCGAAACUGGAACCAGGAAGAAAUGCCAGCAGUGCUUUCAGGCUGCUGGCCGUUUACAUGGUGGUGCAGAAGCGAGCCGCUGCCGGACGAGGAGAGGUUGCUAGGAAGCAGAACAGGGCAACAGCUCGAUCUGCCUUCUAGGGCUGAAUCGGAAGAUGACGAGCUUCUGGAAGUGAAUCCGGUGCUAAAUGAUAGAAAUACUCACGAUUUGCACCCUAAAUCCGAAGAUCUAUGCCAAAUGAGCAGUGAUUCAAUACAGGAGCCAGACACUGAAGAAGACUUAACUGAAACAAAUAUAACCACAGAAUAUGGAGACUCAUUGGAAAAGACAGUUCUAAAUUAUAACAUCACACUUAAUGAAGAUAAUGGUGACGAAGGAGUAGGGGUAAACAAUCAUAGAUAUGUAGGCAGAGAAGUUGUAGACGAAGAGUCCGACAUUGUCCUCCGUAGAGGCAUUGCUAAUCUGAUGUCAUCAGCGUCGGAAGAUGACUUUUUCUUGCAAGGGCACCGCGAAAGGCGAAAAGGCAUUUUGCUACAGAGAGGUUUGUCUUUGGGUUUGGAGAAUAUCUUGGAAGAAUACGACGCUACUGACGUUGCCUUUGUAAAAGGAAGCAAUAUAUCACAGGAGGACGAUUAUUCGGACAUUAUGGGUAAAAUAGUUAAUUUCCAGGGUCAAGAUAUCCCUGUAGCUUCGUUAAUUGGUGAAACUAUUCACCCAGAAACAGAAAUACUGCUAAAAGAAUUUAAAAAUUCAUUCAUCAAGGGAAGUAAACCUGUCAUAGGAUCUGCACAUGUUCAAAAUGUAGAGCAUUAUAUUCCUCGUAUGCUACAAAGAAAGGUCAUAGUGCGCAAUGAAAUUUUCAAACACAGAACGAGCAAGCUACCAGCUGUUUUUGCUAUCAGUGGGAUGACAAAACAAGAACUUCAAGAUCUAAUUCUGCCAGGUGAGAGUAUUUGUCAGUUUAACGAUUGCUCAUGGAUUGAAAAUGCUGUCCCCAAAUUCAUCUUACUUGACGAUUUGACAGCGGAACGUGAUUACAAUGACCUCUGUGUGAGAGCACGGAACUUUAAAGCCAUUCACUGGCUUUCAAAACAAACGGAAGGACUAGAAUGGAAGAACUCUAAAGGGAAUAUCGAUAUUAUACGUCAAUAUAUAGAGCCAAACCAGAUUAAGCACAUCCAUUCACUCACAGACAUGAAAGAAGAGACGGUCAUAUUAAGUGGAAAUAAUGGCGAAGGAAAAUCUACAUAUCUGACAAAUCUACAAAGUGAAAUAAAUGAAAUGUUCCCUGCCACAUGGGUCAUCAGAUUAAACUUGAAUGAGCACGAAAGUGCAAUAGAAAAAUGUGAUAUGACAAAGAAUCAUGUAAUUGAACUCUUAUCGUCUGCUGCUGGAUUAGGAACCUCUCCUUAUUCCUCACUGGAGAAAGCAUUUCUGAAGUAUAGCUUGCAGGUAACCAGGAACGCAGUUGUGCUGGUGGACGAGAUAGGCUUCAGCCAAAUUAAGAAGAGCCAAGAGUUGCUGAGGAUUCUGAAAAUCAUGAACUUGAAGAAACUGAUCAUCGCUACCCAUUCCUAUACAGCCAUAUCAAUCGAGAAUAUGUUUUCCAAAAUGGCCUUCUCUUUAAAACCAUUGUCAAAUAAAGAGUUACAAAUGUUGAUGAUAAAAUUGUGGAAAACAAACCUGCAGUAUACAGAAGACACAUAUUGCGAAGAAUUUUCUACUGCUUUGCUCCAUCUAAUUGAGAAAUCUUUUGCCAAGGGGAACUUAAUCACCCCAUUUGAUAUUAAGAUUCUAGCUCAUGCAUACGAGAAAGAUUAUACAAAAUUACUUAUGACUAAAGUAAUUGAUUUGCCAGAGCAUAUAGACAUGAUGGAAUUGUAUGAGAAGUAUCUUAAAUGGGGAUUCGAAAUGUACAAAAGUACUGAUCCCAAUUUUAACAAAGACUGGGAUAAUUAUUUGACCGAUAUUACAAACGCUUCAAUGCUAUCAAUGUUUCCUGGAGAAACAGUCAAAACACUCAUUUCGCGCGAAACUAUCGAAGAUACAAUAUAUAGGUACAUAGAAAAGUUUCCUUUUCUCCACAACAGUCUACAAGUAUUUUUGGCAGCAAAAUGGUUAGCUGAAAAUUAUCAGGUCCACAGAUCGUUUAUUCAAGAUACAUAUUUCAAAACAGAACUUCAAACAAUGUGGGCAAUGUAUGACAGGAUUCUUGCUAAGCAAUGCGAAUUACACACUUCAGUGUUGGAUAGAGAUGUGGAGAAAGUAAGAGACUUGGUUUCCAGUGGAACUGAUAUAAAUUCUUUGGACAAUGGCGGAAGAACUGCUUUACAUCUUGCUGCUAUACAAGGAAAGUAUUUCACUGAGGGUGACUACCAGUGUGCUCAGAUCACAUCACUUUUAAUAAAGCAUGGCGCAGACGUCUCGAUUACUGACAGUGUGUUAGAAUGGUCCGCAUUACGAUAUGCCGACAUGACAGGAUCAUGGUCCAUGAUAGACAGAUUUUUACAAGAAACAUUCGAUAUCAACGAUAUGACAUGCACUAAACAGAAACUCCGUAACCGUAAUUCUUUGCAAGAGAUUUUAAGUAAUGCCGCUGCUUACGGACUUACAUAUUUAACAAAAUAUAUUCUGGACACUGGAGUUGAUAUAAACACACCCCUUCAUUCCACAAAAUACUCCCACCAGCAGUAUGGACUCUUGCAUAUCGCAUCUGAAAAUGGGCAUGUAUCUCUUGUGAGAUUUCUGUUGGAAAAUGGAGCUGAAAUAAAUAUGUGCAACUGGAACAACAGUACACCAUUGCACUUGGCUUGUAAUCAUGGACAUAAAGAAUGUGUUCUGAUGUUAUUGGAAGGACCCGCUUGUAUCAAUGAGAGUAACAAGGAUGGCGAUACCCCUUUGCAUGUAGCUGUCCGCGCGGGAAAUUGUGAUAUUGUUGACAUUCUACUGAAUAGGAAAGCGGACUUGGACUCGUGCAAUAAAUACGGUGAUACACCACUGCAUGUGGCAUGUCAGGAAAACAAUUUGACAGCAGUCAGCCUUCUCAUGGACAAAAAUGCUGAUGAGAAUGUCCGGAACAAUAAUGGCGACAGUCCUCUAGAUUAUGCCAUAAAAGAAGGCCACACAACACUGGUAAAGUAUAUUUUGAAGAGAGCUGGAAAAAGAUUGAUGCCCCGGGAAGGGGAUGGACGCACAUAUGUACAUCUUGCUGCUAUAACGGGCGAUAUCCUGAUGCUAGAUUACUUGCUCCAAGUGCUGCCAGAAGUGAAUAUGGGCACAGCUGGAGGAGAUACUCCUCUGCAUCUUGCUUCCUUGCACGGAAAUACAGAUGCCGUUCUUUUCCUACUGAAAAAAGGAGCUGAGAACAAUAAACCCAACAAUUACGGAAAUACUCCUCUACACCUUGCUUCUUUGCGAGGUAAUAUUAACACCCUGCAUGCGUUACUUGAACACGAUGCACAGGUCAAUGUUUGUAAUAUGGAAGGCAACACACCACUACAUUUGGCCUCUAUUCAAGCGAAAGCGAACGUGGUACGGUGCUUAAUAAAAUACGGUGCUGAUAUCGAUGUUAGAAACCGUGAGAAAAACACCCCACUACAACUGGCAGCAACCAAGGGUGACUUAGAAGUCAUAAGAACCUUGUUAGUAGCCAACGCUGAUGUUAACCUCUCAAAUAGGUAUGGGAACAAAAUUCUUCAUCAAUGUGCAGAAAAUGGGAGAUUGGAUGUUUUGAAACUACUUCUACACACUGGUCAUUGUGAUGUAGAUGCAAGAAACUCUAAAGGAGACACGGCGUUACUUACAGCUACUAGGUCUGGCUUUGUAGAUAUCGUGGAGUGCUUAGCUUUUGCUGGGGCGGAUAUUAAUUUCCUACCAAUCGACAGCAACGCACCUAUACACUUAGCUGUCAUGAGCGGGAAUGUGGAGCUUGUAAAUAAAUUGUGUGAUCUAGGAGCCGAUGUAAAUAUUCGUAAUUCUGAAGGAAAUACUCCACUUCACAGAGCUCUGUACAGUGAUAACGAGGUCAUGAUACGGCAUUUGGUGGGACAUGGGGUCGAUAAGAGUAUUCAGAACAUAAAGGGCGAUACGCCAUUCGAUCUGGCUGUUCAGAUAGGGAGUAAGGACUCCAUUCUUCAUAUGCUGUGAAUAGUUAUGAAAUCUGCUUCAUUAUGUCUUAUUAUUUCGUAUGAAAAAAUAAAAAAGCAAGGAAUGCACAUUUUAAUAUCAAUCUUAAGAAAGAUUAAACCUGCAACUUCCUUGUGACAAGGGGCAUGGGGUAGUGUAGUUGG